AUGGAUUUCCUUCUCAUUGGUGUCUGUUUAAACUGGCUCCUGAGGAAGCCCCCGGGGUUGAUCCUGUGCACGCUGGCUCUCGUCUCCAAAAUGCUUCCAGCCGUGAGUAGUGGGUGUCCGCUCCUCUGCCGGUGCGAGGGGAGGCUAUUGUACUGCGAGUCCCUCAACCUCACGGAGAUGCCGCACAACCUGUCGGGGGUGAUGGGCUUGUCGGUGCGGUACAACAGCCUUUCGGAGCUGCGCGACGGACAGUUCACGGGGUUAAUGCAACUCACGUGGCUCUAUCUGGAUCACAAUCACAUUUGCUCCGUGGAGGGGGACGCCUUUCAAAAGUUGCGGAGGGUGAAGGAGCUCACGCUGAGCUCCAACAAGAUCACCCAGCUGCCCAACACCACCUUCCGGCCCAUGCCCAACUUGCGCAGUGUGGAUUUAUCCUACAACAACCUGCAGGCGCUGGAGCCGGACCUCUUCCACGGGCUGCGGAAGCUGACGACUUUGCACAUGAGGUCCAACGCCAUCAAGUUCGUGCCCGUCCGCAUCUUCCAGGACUGCCGCAGCCUCAAGUUUCUGGACAUAGGAUACAAUCAGUUGAAAAGCCUGGCUCGGAACUCUUUUGCCGGCUUGUUCAAACUCGCCGAGUUGCACCUGGAGCACAAUGACUUGGUGAAGGUGAACUUGGCCCAUUUCCCCAGGCUUAUUGCGCUGCACUCCCUCUGCCUACGGAGGAAUAAGGUCACGCUGGUGGUCAACUCCUUGGACUGGGUGUGGAAACUGGAGAAACUGGACCUCUCGGGCAACGAGAUCGAACACAUCGAGCCGCAUGUGUUCGAGAGCGUCCCUCACCUCCAGUCCCUGCAGCUGGACUCCAACCGGCUCACCUACAUCCACCCGAGGAUCCUCAGCUCCUGGAAGUCCCUCACGAGCAUCAGCCUUUCUGCCAACGUCUGGGAUUGUGGCCGCAACAUCUGUGCCUUGGCCUCCUGGCUGAGCAGCUUCAAGGGCCGCUAUGACAGCAACUUGCUCUGUGCCACCCCCGAGUAUGCGCAGGGCGAGGAUGUCUUAGAUGCGGUCUAUGCGUUCCACUUGUGUGAAGAUGCCAUGGACCAGACCACCGAAGGUCACCUGCAGCUGGCCGUGGCCAACAACAGCGACCAGCUGUUCAGCUACAGCCCGGCCACCCUGAACUACGACCUGCAGGAGACCGAAGGGGACAGGACGACCAAUGCCGUCACGGUAACUAUGCCCGGCCAGAACAGCGAGAACGCUGUUCAGAUCCACAAGGUGGUCACGGGGACCAUGGCCCUGAUCUUCUCCUUCCUCAUUGUGGUCCUGGUGUUGUACGUUUCCUGGAAGUGUUUCCCGGCCAGCCUCAGGCAGCUGAGGCAGUGCUUUGUGACACAGCGUAGGAAGCAGAAGCAGAAACAGACCAUGCAUCAGAUGGCUGCCAUGUCAGCCCAGGAGUAUUACGUUGAUUACAAGCCCAAUCACAUUGAGGGAGCGCUGGUGAUCAUUAAUGAGUAUGGAUCCUGCACUUGCCACCAGCCCCCAGCCAGGGAAUGUGAGGUGUGA